GUGUUGGGUGACGUGUGUAUAUUUGCCUUGGCGCUCUUCUUUCUUCCUUCUCCUCUCUCUAGAAUAUCGAAGAGAAAAAAAAUUCUCUUUUGCUCUGUGUGUGUGUUUUCGUUUUUCUAGAGAGAGAAAGAAAUGCAAGGAGUUUAGAAGUUUGGAAAUUCAGAAACUAGGGAGUUUUGGAGUCCUUUUGGUUGGAGACUUUCAGAUUGAUCAAAAGGAUUUUCUUGUAUCGUCGAUUGAUUAGGUUGUCACGCUAUCAUGGGAAGCAGUGAGGAAGUGAAGUAUGUUAAGCAGGAGAAACCAUCUUCACCUGCAAUGGACCAGAAUAACGUUCACAUGUACCCCGAUUGGGCAACAAUGCAGGCAUACUAUGGUCCCCGAUUAGCUGUACCACCAUAUUUCAACUCUGCUGUUGCUGGUGGUCAUGCUCAACCUAUGUAUAUCUGGGGACUACCACAGUCUAUGAUGCCACCUUAUGGGGCUCCAUAUGCGGCAUUCUAUGCUAAUGGAGGAAUUUAUGCACGUCCUGGAGUUCCCCUAGCUGGUGCAUCUUUCAGCACAGACACACAGGCCAAGUCUUCGGCUAAUACGGAUGGAGGCACGGUGCAAAAAUUGAAAGAAUUUGAUGGGCCUGCAUUCUUAAUUGGCAAUUGCCACACUGAAAGUGCUGAAGGUCAAGUUGAUCAGAGAGUUUCACAGAGUGAGGAGACUGAAGGUUCUAGUGACGAGAGCAAUGGAAUUACAACUGGGGCUGGUCAGAAUGGAAAGAAAAGAAGCCGGGAUGGAAGUCCUAACAACAAAGAUGGAAAGAUUGAGACACAAAACAGUAUGAUUCCCAGCACAGAAGUUCAAUGUUCCGAGAAAACCAUGGACAUGAUUGUGCCUGCCGUUAAUACAUCUAAACAAUUGAUAGGAAACGUUACUACAGCAUUGGAGCUGAAAUAUACUUAUAACACAAAUGUGAAGUCCAGUCCAACUAGUGUUCCACAAUCUUGUCCACCAAUGCUGAAUGAAGCCUGUGUGCAGAAUGAUCGAGAGCUGAAACGGGAAAGGAGGAAACAGUCUAAUCGGGACUCUGCAAGAAGAUCUCGACUGAGGAAACAGGCUGAGACUGAAGAACUGGCUAUGAGAGUAAAUGCUCUAACUUCCGAGAAAAUGACUCUUAAGUUUGAGAUAGAUAAAUUGAUGGAGAGUUCAAAGAAACUGAAGCUUGAAAAUGCUACAUUAAUGGAGAAACUGAGAAGUGCACAACUCGGACAAUCAGAUGAGACGAGUCAAUACGAAAUUGAUGACUUGAGGAUGAAACCGAUUGGCACAAUAAACCUAUUGGCAAGAGUUAACAACUCGGGUUUUGUCGAAAACAAGGACGACGAAAAUGACACGUGUGAGAAAAAAAGUCCCAGAGCAAAGCUUCACCAACUUCUGGAUACGAGCCCCAGGACCGAUGCUGUGGCUGCUCGUUGAUCUGCAAAUCUGUAAUUCUAACCACUCGACCUAACUGAUCUUGUAAUUUUUGGCAUAAAUUAGAAGCUCGAAAUUACUGCUAAUUAAUAGAAUGUAAGAUAAAUUUCACUUUAACCGAAGACGAGGUAUCAGCAACGACUGGGUUUUACCCCUCAGCAGUUGCAAAACCCGAGACAGAAGACGAGUUUUUAGAGUGAUGGGAUGUCUACAAAUAGGUAAUGUAUACUGGAGAGAUAUGAGAACUAUGUUUUUGAGAAUGUUGUGGAAGGACAUGUGGUUUGUGUAAUUGUUUAAAGAACCUUGAAAUUAUGGGAAAGGUUCUUCUGCAAGUAAAAGCACGUCUACUCAUUUUCUGCUAUCAUGUGAUUCUGGUUGUAUGAAAAUGUAAAUGCAAACUCUAGGUAUUGUGUAAUUGUUGAUCAUUUGGCUAUGUGGUUCA